AUGGCCUGCCAUCAAGGACGCGCUCCCUCCUACACUACGUUUGCUGAUGGUGAGUUCGGCGUGUGGGACGCGUCGGACCUCGACGGUGUGUUCAUGACCGCCGGCACCGACAACUACGCAUCCACUGUGGUAGGGCACGCACACAGACGGCGAUGCCCGUGCCCAGCCAUCCUGCGUGUGUGUGUGUGUGUGUCGAUGUGUGUGUGUGUAGGCGGUCACUAAGCUCUUCUUUGACGGUAUAGCGGAGGGCAACUUCAAGCCAACAGGGGCACACGUACUCUUCCCGUCGAUCAUAUGGGCAGAGAUGAAGGACCAGUUUAACCUCGACAGAGGUGAAAGAGACCGAAGAAGGCCACGUACAAUCGCUUCCUUCCUCUCUGUGUGUGCAGUUGAGGGGACGCUGCCCUUGACUGUGGCGGGCAGUGGCGGCUCCCCUGUAGCGAAAAUCUCCCCUAGGUGGGUGUAGAUGACGGCCUCUGUGGCGACAGACUGACAUAAGUAUACGUGUGUACAUUGCAGGUUGUCGUGGGUCCCGUCGUGCGUGUUGGUGCAGGAAGUCAAGAGCAAGCUCCUCUCAGGCCAGCUCCUCUCAGUCCGAGCAGGUAGUUGAGUGAUCGGCAACCCGACGAACCAUUUGUAUGUCUCUGUUGCUGCCUACCGCUACUCAGGGUGAAGUGGCCGUGCAGGACAAGGGUCACCUCGACAAGGUCCACCAGAUCGUCAUCCCGCACGGCUGGGCCUCCCACGAGCUGGCGCGCAACGUCCUCCACUGCCUGCACUCGCCGAGAUUCAAGGUUAGACGGCAAGCACCACGCAAAGCACCAUCCUGUGUGUGCCACUUUGUGCUGUUGCCCAGGAUGGUGAGGUGGCCCCGCUCACACCCAUCCGUGAGUUGUCAAAGUAUCCCAAAUCCAUGCAGAAGUCCAUCGGUGCGGCCUGUGCAGGCACACCUAGGUACACCUAGGUACGAGAGGGGGAGUGGGGCGAGUACGGCCGUGUGCAGGGCCUCUUUCGUGAGGGAGGGCCCGCAUACUGCCAGCUUGUACAUGACCUCCAGCGAGGGGCGCUAAGGGGCAAUGCUGCUGGCGGACCGCUGGCCGUCAUCAACACCAUCGACCCCCCCACCAGACAUCAGUCACAUGGCGGCGGCUUCGUGUGUCUUCGGAUCCUCGCCUUCCCGCCUGGUGCGAGCUCAGUGCUGCCCUUGCUGGCGGCCAGGACGGCAAGGACGUGCGCACCAUGGCGGGAAUCGAGAUGGCGAGAGGCGACAAUAUCGACGCGAUCAUGCGGGAGCAGCUGGAUCUGGGUGAGGAGGAGAGGCAGCUGGCGAGGGUGCUAGGCACCAUCGACCUGCUGGACAAGGCCAUUCAUGGGAUGCAUGACGUGAGCAGGGGGCACAUGACACAGACAGGAACGUUCUCUGGCUUCUGGCUGACUGGUGUGUGUCUUUGUUCGCUUUCUACUAGCACCAGGGCACAUAAUGGCUGGCUGUGUUGGGACGUGUAGUGGGGAGAGGGGACAGCGUUGCAGUUCACCUACGCCCCUGCGUGAGUGACGAGUGGGUGGCUGGCGUCUGGCUGACUGGUGUCUGUCUUUGUGUCCAGGUAGCGGUUUUUUCUGUUUGUGAGUCGCAGAGGCGCAUCGAGGAGGCCGUGGUUGCUGCUGCUGUUGCCGGUUUGUCGCCAACGGACGCCAUCAGCCCCGUGCAGUUGGCCGAGGAGCUUUCGCGCCCUUCGGCCUUCGUGUCGACCGACGACGAGUCGUCCAGCAUCCUCAUUGCUUUUCAGCGGGUUGUCCAGUGGUCAUCGUUGGUAAGCGGAAAAGCGGAGACAUCGAAUCUCGCGACUACAUACACUGAUUUUGUCUCCGUCUUAUGCAGAUCGAUCGCUGCUUACAUUUUAUAUCCCCAGUACCUUCAUUGAUCGUUUCGCGAGCAUCAAGCAGCCGGCAAGGAGAGGGGCAGCAUCGUCACUGGGCGCUGCAAGCCAAGUGUCUCCCCAAUCAAGCAGGCGUCCUCAAAGACCUGUCCGACCCCGGGUGGCAGCACAGGAUUCAAGCAAUGCCAUCGGCCCUGUCGUUCUGACACGUUUCGCACGAGGAGGCAAGACUCGAACCCUGCAGAAGGUCGGCAAGUUGCUACGGGAACAAGGCAUUCCCGUUUUGUUCAUCACAUCUUUCGAUGCUACGAAGAUCAAAGACGACGAGCGGCACAGCAUACGACGAGGCGGAGCUCCUCUGCGACGCAUAUGAGGUAAUGCACUGCACUGCACUGCACAGAGAGAGGAAGGGAGAGAGGGAGGGUUGGAGAAAGGCCCCUUUGCAGUGAUGGGAUCUCACUUUGUGUGUUGAGUGGAUGUGCCUCACAGAAAGGUGCCGAGGAGAAGGUCUGUGCGUUGGCUUAUUGGCUGCCGGCGAUGUUCGAGAGGUAUAGAGCGCGCAAAGACGUCACAGAGGUCUUCAAGGUGAGUCAGCCACACACAUCAGAGGGGAGACAGACAGACGACACCGCCCCCUCCCCUUUGUGUGUCCGCCGUGUAGAUUGACCACCCGUUUCUGUCGGUGUUGAUGGCGGACGAGCGCCUCAAGUCGAGGCGCUCGUGUACGCCAAAAAGGCCAUUGGACACGUGGCCAGCCGCACCACCGCGGAAACGCACAACAAAGAGGUAACUGCGGCACAUCGAGACACCAUCCUGCAUAUCUGGAUGACUACUGGAGUAUGAGAGCCACGGCGCUCUUCGUGCUUUUCCUGUCGUCCGGUUGUGCUGCCCUCGACCUCAAGCCGCUAUUCUUCAUCCGAAAGGGGAUGAUGGAGGCCUAUCAGGAGAAGGGGGAAUGA